AUUCCCCAAAGACUAUGCCUCACCCAUAGUUGCCACCCACGUUACUGGAAAGUAAAGAGUUAACCGCAAACAACCUUUGGAAAGAACUGAAAUGCAAGUCUGUAAUUUCAGGCAAUUUCCAGUAGUCCACACUCCCGCGGACAGUAACUGUUCAGAAAGCGGACGAGUGGCAUAUCAAGUUGUGUCUGUAACGAAUUAUUUGCUGGCUUCACGUAACCGUGUCUGCUUUUGCAGUUGGACACCGUUGCAACUUUUCACCGGCGCAGGACAUGUGUGGAUGUACAUCAAAAUGACGAAUUGCACAAGCAACAACCAGCAAUUUGACUUGAAGAAAAGACGGUUCUAUCUGUACCCGGGCAAUUUUCUGGAAUCUCCAAAUCCCUAGCGUUAUUUGAGCGUCGAGCCGUCUUUUUCGCAUGAACCACAAAAGGAUUUGGGUCGGUUUUGUCGUUUCUAGAGAUUCAGGAUGAAAAAACCCAAAGUUAAUCGGAUGGUUCUUGCAAUGUGCCUGGGGUGUUUUAUAAUGGUUAUAUUCUAUUUUCAGAGCAACCUGAAACCAGCCUCGGCUAACGGCAGUGGGAUGGGCGGCAGCCUGGGGAAGUCAGGCAGGACUCCACUCCAGAUGCUCUAUGAAAGUGACCAGUUGGAGCAGUCGGCGGUGCAUGUGACCCACCAGGGCCGCCGGGAGCUCCUGGAGGACGCCUGCCGCUCUUACACGCACAAGCGGCGCGUGCUCAUCCCAGAGGACCUGAAGCACAUCAUCGUGGACGACCAGCACGGCCUGCUCUACUGCUACGUCCCCAAGGUGGCCUGCACCAACUGGAAACGGGUCCUCAUGGUCCUGACCGGUGCAGCCGGGCCCCGCCGCGACCCCCUCGCCAUCCCCGCCAACGAGGCCCACGUGCCGGGAAACCUGCGCACCCUGUCCGAGUACUCCACCUCGCAGAUCAACCGCCGGCUGCGCUCCUACCUGAAGUUCGUGUUCGUGCGCGAGCCCUUCGAGCGGCUGGUGUCGGCCUACCGCAACAAGUUCACGCGCAGCUACAACACGGCCUUCCACAAGCGCUACGGCACCAAGAUCAUCCGCCGGCACCGGCCCGACCCGCAGGAGGAGGCGCUGGAGCGCGGCGACGACGUCUCCUUCGAGGAGUUCGUGUACUACCUGGUGGACCCGGCCACGCAGCGCGAGGAGCCCUUCAACGAGCACUGGGAGCGGGUCCACUCGCUGUGCCACCCGUGCCUCAUCCACUACGACGUGGUGGGGAAGUACGAGACGCUGGAGGAGGACUCCCGCUACGUGAUGCAGCUUGCCGGGGUGGAGGGCCAGGUGACCUUCCCAGCUUCAGCCAAGAGCACCCGGACUACGGGAGACAUGGCCGCCCAGUUCUUCCGCAACAUCAGCCCCUUCUACCAGAAGAAGCUCUACAACCUCUACCGCAUGGACUUCCUGCUGUUCAACUACACCACACCAGAGUACCUGAGGUUUCGAUGAAAGCGCGCCAUUGGGAAGGCAUUGUAUGAACAGCUGACUGUCAAUAGGACCCCCCCCCCCCAAAUGAAGAUAAACGAGGCAUAUUACAGUGAGCCAAUGGAGAUUGACCUGCUGUAUUUUUAGGACUGAAAUGUGCCUAUAAUACACAUUAACUCUGAUGCCACCUGCUUUUGUUGCCAUUGUUUUUUUUACUGUUAAUUUUGUAAUGACUAGUGUUCUAUUCUACAAGAGGAACACAAGAUGUCUGAAAGUCAUUUAUUUGUUAUUCGGGGCGAUGAAAGUCUCUCUCAAUUUGUGCCUUUGAGUGUGGGCCUUAUGACUCAAAUAUGUAGCACAUCCUUUUGAAAUGUGACUGACAAUGGUAUCAUUGUACUAUAGAGGGUUUCUCUGUCAAGUACAGAGCAUGGUUUUGACUCUCAUUUUAUUUAUUUUGACUUUUUCUUGUCCACACAAAUUAUGUAUAUUUACUUUCACUUCCGACAGUCAAAUAAACACAUUCAAGCAUAA